AUGCCGAUCAGGAAACGAAGUGACAAAAAGCGAAGUAAGUUUUUUUGUUCAUUUUAAUUGUCCCUUGAAUUUUCCAUGAGAAAAGUUUUUUAUCUUGAUUGAAGUCAAUUUUCGAUUGAAUAUUGCACUUGUCUCAUUUUUUCAGAUGUUUUAAAAGGGUAUAUAAAUUCGUGUGUCUUUCUUAUAAACAUUAUAAAUUUUCCUCUUCCAGAGUGCUCACUUUUGUUGAGGCAAAGCAGUACGGAACACGAUUCAGAAUUUGCAUCAGAACUACUUUAUAGAAGAGGUUAGUUGAAUUAUCAUUUUUGUUUUCAAAAUCUAAUAUUUAUCGGAAAACUGAAUGAUGAUAAAAAAUUCCGAAUUUUUCCUGAUAAUAAUCUGAGUUGGGUGCACGUGAAAAACAUUUUUUUUCUGAUACGAGAGAAUUUAUUGUUAGGUGCACACUUGUAACAUAAAACACUUUUCUGAGAAAAUAGGUUGACUAAACAGAGGGCACUUUUGGAGUGUCGUUGUACACCCGUCCCUGUGAGAAAAAGAUAGAAUCAAGUUAGAGAAACUCAUCAGAAAAUAUUUAGUCGAGAAAAAAAAGAUGAUUGUAUGGACUUUUUAUUAAAAGUUUUGCAAAAAAGAUCCAGUCAAGUUUUAUUUAGGAAUGUGUUUUUGAAUUUUCGACAAAAAAAUUCCAGAAGGUUGCCAAGCGAUAUAGAAGAAACGCAAGCCUAAUUUUGAUUUCUUGAAAGGGAGUUGAAUUAGAGGAUUAGAUUUUAGAAACAUAGGUUUUAGAAUUAGGCUUCAGUCUCAUAUUCAAAAUGUAUUUUUGAAUUUAUUUAUUGAAAAGGAAUAACAUAUACGUUUAACCUUGCUUGAAAUUUUGCAAAAAGGGGGGAAUUCCAACUGAAUUUCAGUCGGAAAUAAUAAAAAAAUGGUCUUCCCUCUUUUUGUUAGUCAAGACUAUACGGAUAAAAAAUUGUCCCUCAUUCAAUUUAAUCAUCACCAAGAUCUUUACAAAAAAUUUCUGGUCCCCCUAUAUUAUAUAUGUUUUACAAAAAAUCAUUGUCUAAACUUUGUUAUAUAUUUUAUUUUAUUUUAUUUCCCAAAUCCACCCACGCUGCAACAAAUAUUUCAAAUAAAUCGGAAACUAUCAAAUAAAAACAUCCUCGCCCUUGUCUCAAAACACAUACAAAACCGAGACUGUUUUCAUCGAAAAAUAAUAGCAAAAGUGGAAUAGAAAAAAAAAGAGUAAAGAAGAGAAGAAUCGGUUUCGGUCCGAUAAAAAUCUUGGAUUCCAAAUAUUAUUAUUAUUUAUACAAAGAUCAUUCUUCUUUCUUUCCCAAAACGUUUUGUUUGGAAUUUUUGCUAAGAAAGGCGAAGUGAUCUCUGUCAUUGUAGGAAAAAUGGGAGGGGAAAAUAAUUGUAUAUGGCGAGAGGUGGUAUGUCACUUCACUCCGCGAAAAAACUGUCUUAUCAGAAAAAUUGCAAUUUGUAGGCUUGUUUGGAGGAAAUGAAAAUUUUUGAAAUCAGACAGAAAAAUUAAAAUAUGAUAGAAAAAACAUACAAACAUCGAUAAUUUUCAGAUUCUGUUACAAUAUCACUCGAAUCACCGACAAGAAAUUCCAUCAAUUACCUGGAAUUGAUUGAAGCUUUGGGAAUUGCUCUGAACAGUAGUAUUGUACAACUUCCAACAUUUUCUAGAAGGUAAGUACUUAUUUGUAAACAUCACGAGAUGAACAAAAAAAGGAAAGUGUGAAAAAAAGUGAAAAUUGGAACGAGGUUUCUGUUUAUUUGUUGAAUGAUACAUUUUUAAAAUAUGAUUCAUCUCAUCAUUUUUCAAAACUCUUUGCAUCCCAAAAAAACUUUUGAAUUAUUCUUUGUUCUUUUUUUGUUUAAUUCGUCGAACAUCCGCAAAAUAUAGUAAUUAAAGAAUUAUUUCUUGAGUGGACAUGUUUUUAUACCCUCAUUUUAUUUCAAUCUCAAGUUUUGUUGUCCUUUUUUGACAGGAUAGUGUUUUUUUCUUGUUUCACACGUUUUUUUUCUGAAUCAGAGAAUAGUGUGGGUUUUUUGGUUGUAAAUAACACAAAAACAUAUGACCAUUCGAUCGAGCGACCAUACCAAAAAUGCUUGUUCAAUGAUCGGCGACCCCAAAGAAUUUCCAAACACACACCAAAGUGUUCUUAACAUUUUUCAACCUGGGUAUACAUAAUUUCAAAAGUAUUUUUUGUGUUUUUCCUCUUCAGUGUUGAUUCGUCGGGUGAUUAUCAGUUUUUUUGUGUAGUGGCGUGAUAAAAUUGUCGUUUUUUUGAGCAGCAAAGUUUUUUUCCCUAGUGAACAUUUAUUAUCUAGAAAUUCUGCUGAACCUAUCAAUAUAAAUAUGCGAGUUAAAUAUCAUUUUCGGGUUAUUUUCUCAGCCCCUUUUCUUGAUACCUUAAAAUCAUCUAUGAUUUAUUAAUUUGUAGUUAGCUGAACUUGUUGUUGACCUUUUUGUUGUUUAUUUCUACUCACGUGUGUGUCACAACAAUUUCCACGUCAUCAAUAAAAAGCGCAAGAAGAAUAGUGAAUCAGAUAAAAAAUACAGUACACCCCGCCCAUUGACGAAAAAUAAGAGAAGAAAAAGAUUUGAGAUCACGAUAAAAAAAUUGUUUUGAACAGCGAAAAAAAACCGCGAGGAAUUUCUGAAUGAAGAAAAAUCGUGGGUGUUUGGUUUGAUAAAGGCUGAUUUCAUUUUGAUGAAAAACUUUAAAUGUUUCUUUUUCUUCUAUUAUUUUUCGAAAUCCUCGAUUUUUUGUUAGUCAGAAAAAGAAAAAAAUGAAAUGAAAAACGAGAUUUCGAUGACCCAGCAAAUAAAUCCAUCUUUUUUCUUGACAUCGUCCGACUUUCUAAAUCUCUUCUUUUUUAUCCUGUCGGUUGCUACUGUACCCGGUUGGUCACCUUUUCCUCUUCUCUCAUAUUUUUUCCUUUCUAUAUGUUUCGAGGUCAUUUCUCGGACGUUUCAGUCGCAUUUCUCUUCAUCUCGCGCAUUCCUCCUUCACUAGACAUACAUUGAAUAUAUCAGAUAACAAUCACUGCCCAUCUCUUCUCAUCUAACCAAGUUUCGGAAUCUUGACCUUUUUUUUGGCCGUGUAUCUUGUCGUUUACCGUUUUUUUUUGUUGAUUCGAGAAAGUGCAGUUAGUUUUUUAGUGAAUGAAUUAAUGCGUGUUUAUUAGUUAGUCGAAAUAUUAUAUUAUUAUUUUUGUUGUAUAAAAAUGACCUUGAUGGUUAUUGAUGACAUUGUUCUGUUUUACUCUGAUUCUAUAAUUUUUAUGGAUUUCCAAUCUCUGUUUGGUCACAGUCUCAGUCUCGACCUACGCGUUUGCAAAUUGCAAAACGUUUAGGUUUCAGUCAGCCCAUUGUCAAAAAAAAUUAUCAGAAAAAAAUUCAGCGAUUAAAAGGGUUCAAAAAAUGGCGUGAUAUUGUCUUUUCCUGUCCUGUUCUUUCUCAUCUUCUUCUUCUUAUUUUAUUAUUUCUCGCUUUUUUGCACAGUGUGAUUUUUGUUAUCAUCUAAAUUUUCACACUGUUUUUUGUAUGUGUGUAUAUGUUUCAAUUCAUUCACAGCUAUUUUUAUUCACAUUACACCAUCGUUCCAAAAACUUACAUUAGCAAAUAAAUAUUGUGUUAUUACUUUUUAUUAUUGUAAAAUGUGAUUGAAUCGAAUUGAAAUGUGAACACAAAACAUGUUUGCUGAAGUAGUUGACGCAAAAACGUUCCCUUUUCUGUUGAAACUGACCAACAUGCUAUUUUUUGUAAUUAUUCUAAUCAUCUCGAAUUUCAGAGUCUCCGAUCUUGGACGACCUUUCAACAUGUCUGUCAACGGUCAUAAACCUGCAAUUCAAAAAAUCAAUGUUUCCGGAAAUGUAAGCUUCAAACUUUUCCAAGUAUUCAUCAUCCCAUUAAAAAUUAUUUUAGGAAAAUAUAAGUCAAGGAGCCAGUCAUUAUGAAUCAAUUGAACAAUUUGUUGAAAAAUUUGUCACAGAGCCAUCCAAGCGUCGGCCCAUCAGAAAGGUACUUUUAUUAUUAAUUUUAGGAAAAACUGAUUUCAAAAUCAAAUAUAUUGCAGAUGCUUGUUGCCACAAAUGGUAUAGCUGCUGUUCGUUGUGUACUUUCAGUUCGUCGACUUUUGAAUCAACUUUUCCGCGAUGAUAAACAAAUCAAAUUUAUCUGUUUGACAACUCAACAUGAAGUCGAAUCAAAUGCCGGUACGUUUUUACUUUGUUUUUUGUUUUUUGUUUUCUUCACUAGACACACACAAAAACUUCAUUAAAUAUUCACGUGAAAAAAAUGAUGGUAUCGCAACGGACAUCAUAAAACAUUCAAAUAUACAUAGAUAACGUUUUUUUCGUUUUUUUCUACUGAAAAAAUAAACCGCAAACAAAACAAAUAAAAACCAAUUCGAAUUAAAUUUCAGAAUAUUUGAAAUUGGCAAACAGUUUGGUAUUUUCACCAACUGGAAGUAAUCGAAAUAAUUAUGCAAACGUUGAUGAAAUUGUGAAGCAUGCGAUUGAGAAAAAUGUGGAUGCAGUUUGGGCUGGUUGGGGACAUGCGUCUGAAAAUCCGGAGCUACCCAGAAGACUUGCGGAAAAUAAUAUUGUAUUUGUCGGUCCACCAAGUAGCGCAAUGUUUAGUUUGGGUGACAAGAUCGCUAGUACAAUUAUUGCUCAGGUUUGUCUAUAAUACAUUUUUAAAAAUGUUUCGAAUGAUGAGUUUUCAGACAGUUGGAAUUCCAACCAUUUCAUGGUCUGGGGCUGGUAUCCAGAUGGAAUCCAAGCAAAGAGCAAAGGGAGGAUUUGUUGAGGUUCCUAAAGAAUUAUUGGAUGAGGCUACUGUUUCAACUUAUCAAGAGGGAUUGGAAGCCUUGAAAGUUCAUAAUAUUGGAUUCCCACUUAUGGUUUGUUUUACUAUUUUCAUUUAUUUUCAAUUCAAUUUCGAUUUUGUUUCCAGAUCAAAGCAUCAGAAGGUGGUGGUGGUAAAGGAAUCAGAAAAUGCACAAAAAUUGAAGAUUUUAAAAGUUUGUUCCAAGAAGUUGUUCAAGAACUUCCAGGAUCACCGAUUUUCUUGAUGAAAUGUAUGGAAAAUGCAAGACACAUCGAAGUUCAAUUGAUUGCUGAUCGAUAUGAAAAUGUUAUCCCAGUAUUCACAAGAGAUUGUUCAAUUCAAAGAAGAUGUCAAAAAAUCAUUGAAGAAGCGCCAGCAAGUAUUGCCAGUAAAGAAACUUUGAAAUCAAUGCAAAUGGACGCUGUUAAAAUUGCCAAAUAUGUUGGAUAUGAAUCAGCUGGUACUGUUGAAUAUAUGUAUAUUCCUCAUGAAGAUAAAUAUUAUUUCUUGGAACUUAAUCCAAGACUUCAAGUUGAACAUCCAUGUACUGAAAUGAUUGCUAAUAUUAGUAUUCCUGCAAUUCAAAUUCAAAUUGCUAUGGGACUUCCACUUCAUAGAAUUCAAGACGUUCGUUUGUUCUUCGGAAUGCCAAGAAAUGGAGAUGAUGAAUUGCCAGAAGAUACAGUUCUCACUGACACUGAUUAUUGUGUGAUUGCUGCAAGAAUUACUAGUGAAGAUCCAGACGAUAGUUUCCGUCCAUCGACUGGAUCUGUUGAAGCAUUGAAUUUCCGAUCAUCACAAGAUGUUUGGGGAUAUUUCUCAGUUUCAAGCGGUGGAAAAGUUCACGAAUUCGCUGAUUCACAAUUUGGUCAUUUGUUCGCAAGAGGAAGAACUCGUGCUGAAGCUAUUGGUAAUAUGUUGGGAGCAUUGAAAGAACUCGAACUUCGCGCCACAUUCAAAUCACAAGUUUCUUAUCUUGUUGAUUUGAUCAUGGAACCAGACUUCAUCAAUAAUAAAUUUGACACACAAUGGUUGGAUAUUCGUAUCGCCAAGAAGAUCAAGCAGAAGUGUAGUCUUCCGAUGAGCGAUAUUAUCGCCAUUUCGGCGGCUGUCAUUGGUCAUUCUCGUGUGACACACGCAUUCGACAGUUUCAAGGGGGCUAUUCAAAGAGGACAAGUUUUGCCACCAAAUGAUUUGACAGAAACAUUCCUUUUUGAUUUGGUCAAGGAUCUCAAAAUCUACAGUGUAAGAAAAUUUAAAAAAAGAUGAUGAUGAAAAAAAAAGCUCAAAUUAUUAAUUUUAGGUCAAAGUCACUAGAAGUGCUCCAUAUUCAUUUGUUAUUCUUUUGAAUGGUGCCACCACAACUGUCAAUAUUGUUCUUCUUGGAAAUGGUGGAUUGAUGGUAACACACGGAGAAAGUGUAUUCCAAUGUGAUUUGGAAGAAACAUCGGAAACUUUCAAAGUCACUAUUGGAAAUCAAAUCAUUGUUUUUGAAAAAGAUAAUGAUCCAAGUGUUUUGAAAUCUCCAUACACUGGAAAACUUCUCAGUUAUAAAAAGGAGGAUGGUGAUUUAAUUGAUGUUGGAGAAACUUUUGCAACUGUCGAAUCGAUGAAACUUGUUUUCAAUGUUGAAGUUAAAAAAGCUCCUGGAAGGUUAGUAUUUCUUUUAUUAUACUGAAAAUUAAAAUUGAUGGUUUUUAGACUUGUUCGUGUUGCAAAUGAAGGAGAUUUGUUGUUCCCGGGAUCGGUUAUUGCUCGUCUUGUUGAUCAACAAGAUUCAGAUCAAUAUCGCCCACAACUUUUCACCGAAACAUUCAAAGAAUGGGAAACUGCUUGUCAAAUGAGAACUGAAAACAAUUUGAGUCUUUACUCAAAUGUUCUUCAAAAAUGUCGAAACAUUUUGGCUGGUUCAGUUCCACUUGGAGGUGUUAAGGAAAUCACCAAUUUGUCGAAUGAGCUUUUCAAAUUUUUGAAUGCUGACAAUCUUGCACAAAUGAUCUUGGAACCACUUAUGGGACAAGUAACCAAAUCUUUGCCUUCAAAUUGUCAACAACAAGUUGUUGAAGCUCUUGUUAAAGCAAAUGAUGAUGGAAGACAUUUGUUGGAAUGCAUUAAGGAUUAUGUUUUGAAUAGUGAAGAAAGUGCAAGAAUUGUGAAUGCUGUUUCGGAAUUCAGCUAUGGAUCAAGAGGAUUUGCUUCGAAUGUUUUGAACAGUCUUUUGGAAGAUUACAUCAAAGUUGAGAAAUAUUUCGAAGGAAAAGCUUAUGAUGAUUCAGUUGCUGAAAUCAAGGAGAAUUACACAUGUGGAGAUGCAGUUGUUCAAACCAUUUAUUCUCACACUCAAAUCAAAUCGAAAAAUAUUGUUAUCAAAGCAAUUCUUGAAGCCUUGAAAGUCACUGGAUCAAAAUUCAUUCCAUCACUUCUUGACAACCUUCGGGAAAUUGGUAAUCUUUCCACUUCAAUCUCAAGUUUGGCUCGUGAAAUUUUGUUGAUCCAUCAAAACUUGUGCUACAAAAACAAUUUCCUUGAACUCACCAAUGGUCAAAGACCAACUGCUCAGGAAAUCAGUGAUUGGUUGAACAGCCCAUUGUCGCAAAGACCAGAUUCCAACAUCUGGAAGAUUAUUCACGAAUAUUUCUUUGAGAAGAAUCUUGGAUCAAUUGCACUUGAAAGAUUUGUCAACAAUCACAUCUCAGCUGAACAAGGAUACACUGAAAACAGAUAUAUCCUCAAUUCAUUGGGUGCCACUGUUGAUAUCAACACCUUCAAUCUUAUCAAAACCCAAACAAGGUAAUUUUUGUUUCAAUAAUUUCAAAAAUAAUCAUGAAUUUCCAGAUUCCACAAAAUUGUGUUGCCAGGUGACAAACUUUUCGUUGUCCGCCUCCAAGUUCCAUCAUCUCAAUAUAGUCAAGUUUUCGAUAGUUCUGAAUUUUUGAACUGUAUGACCAAGUAUUUCGAUAGUUUCAAGAAUGCUAGAAAUGGUAUUAAUAUUUCGAUUUUCGUUCGAAUUUUGAAUGAUGAAACAACACCACGUGUAAGUUUUAAAAUAUUUCGUAAAUUUGACUGAUUUUCAAUUUUUUAAAUCGUUUUAGGAUGCCUCUUGCUUGUCAGAUGAAGAGGAGCAAAAAGUUCAAAUCUCUCAAAAUGCAGUUUUGACAAUUCGUCAAGCUCUUGAAGCUGAUGGACACGCUUUGCCACGUGUCAACACUGUUCUUUGUCUUCAUGAUCGUCCGUUGCCACAAUUGACAUUCUUCGAGCAAGUUCGUCUGGAAAAAUAUCGUCUUCCACCAAACACAUAUCCAGUCUCAUCUCGUUUGUCAACCGUUAGAACUUAUCAACACGAUGAUGCUGAUAACAAGUUUGCCAAACUCUUCAUUAGACAACAAAUUUUGAUUCAAGGAAAGAAUUCUGAAGAAGUGUAAGUUUUCUUGGUGAAUUUCAUUUUUUAGACUAUUUUUAUAUUUUCAGAAAGAGACGCAUCUCUGAAGCCAUUUUUGUUGCUCUUGAUAAUUCUUGCACUGCUGCUCAAGUUGCCAUGGGAAAAGUUAAGAAGAUCUUCACUUCUAACCACGUGUUUGCCACAAUUUCUUGCCCAGGACUUUCUGAAGAAAUCAUUGGAUCCAACGAGUAUUUGACAUUUAUGAAAGAUUGUAUUACCCAAGAAGUUGAAAAUCACAAAACCAUCUUGUUCAAACAUAGAAUCACUGAAGUUGAAAUUGUUUAUGAAGCUAUUGGAGAGCAUAAGAGAAUUUUGAUCCGUGAUGAAACUGGAGUCACUCCCGAAAUUAUCGCUCAAUUUGAUAAGAAGUUUAUCGGUGUUUAUCCAACAUUGUCAACCAUUGAAAAGAAACGUGUUGCUACUCGUGCCAACAAUACCAAUUAUAUUUAUGAUUUCCCAAUUAUUUUCGGUAUGGCUGCUUUCAACUCGUGGAAAGCUAGCGAGCAAAUUGAUAAAGCUUCAUAUGCCACUCAACUUUCAAAUCUUCCUUCACAUAUGAGAACAAUUUAUGAGCAAGGAUUGUGGAGACAAUUCUUUGAGAUCACCGAACUUGUUGCCGUUAAUGGACAACUCCAAAAGAUCAGUGAUGCUUCAGAAUUGAAAAAUCGUGCCACAAAUGGAUUGAACAAAUGUGGAAUGGUUGCAUGGAUAAUGAGGUAUGUUUUAAUUUUAUUCGAACUAUCAAACAUUUUUAAAAAUGAAUAUAUUUCAGACUUUUCACACCAGAAAGACCAGAAGGAUAUGACACUGUUUUGAUUGGAAAUGACAUCACAUUCCAAUCUGGAUCAUUUGGAACUGCUGAAGAUGAACUUUUCGCUUUGGCUUCUCAACUUUCUCGCCAACAAAAACUUCCACGUGUCAAUGUUUCUUGCAACUCUGGAGCUCGUAUUGGACUUGCUGAUAAGAUCUCGAAAUUGGUGAAAGUUCAAUUGAAGAAUGAGGAAAAACCAGAUCAAGGUUUUGAUUACAUUUACAUUGAUGGUGAACACAAGGAUAAGAUUGAGGGACAAGUUGUUUAUGAAGAGCUCUCCAAUGGAAAACUCAAAAUUCUCGCUGUUAUCGGAGAAGAAAAUGAGAAGAUUGGAGUUGAGAAUUUGCAAGGAUCUGGAUUGAUUGCUGGUGAAACAUCAAGAGCUUACUUUGAAAUUCCAACAUAUUGUUAUGUUACCGGAAGAUCUGUUGGUAUUGGAGCAUACACUGCUCGUUUGGCUCACCGUAUUGUUCAACAUAAACAAUCUCAUUUGAUUUUGACCGGAGCUUCUGCUUUGAAUACAUUGCUCGGAAAAGAAGUUUACACUUCAAACAAUCAACUCGGAGGACCUGAAGUUAUGUUCCGUAAUGGUGUUUCUCACGCUGUUGUUGACAAUGAUUUGGAAGGUAUUGCGAAGAUUCUCAAAUGGAUGUCAUACUUGCCAACACAAAAUGAUCAAUUCCCAUUCUUUGAACAACAUGGAAAUGAUAUCGAGGUUCGUGAUGUUCGAAUUCCACUUGAAGGAGCUGAAGAGAAACAAUAUGAUGUUCGUCAUCUUAUUGAUUCAAAAGAUCUCAACAACAAAUACGGUAUUUGUGAUACAAUGUCAUUCGAUGAAAUUUGUGGAGAUUGGGCUAAAUCAAUUGUUGCUGGACGUGCUCGUCUUUGUGGUAUUCCAAUCGGUGUUGUUGCAUCAGAAUUCAGAAACUUCCAAACAAAUGUGCCAGCUGAUCCAGCUUUGGAAGGAUCACAAGCUCAAUGUGUUCAACGUGCCGGUCAAGUUUGGUAUCCAGAUUCGGCUUACAAGACUGCGGAAGCUAUCAAUGAUUUGAACAAGGAAAACUUGCCAUUGUUAAUCAUCGCAAGUCUUCGUGGAUUCUCUGGAGGACAAAAAGAUAUGUAUGAUAUGGUUUUGAAAUUCGGAGCACAAAUUGUUGAUGCUUUGGCCCUUUAUGAUCGUCCAGUCAUUGUUUAUAUUCCGGAAUCUGGUGAACUUCGUGGUGGAGCUUGGGCUGUUCUUGACAGUCAAAUCCGUCCUGAAUUUAUCCAUCUUGUUGCUGAUGAGAAAUCUCGAGGUGGAAUUCUUGAACCAAACGCGAUUGUUGGAAUCAAGUUCCGUGAGCCAAAACAAAUUGAUAUGAUGUUGAGAAGUGAUGAAACAAUGGCUAAACUUUGGGCUGAAGGAAAGAAAGAAGAGGCAAAUGAAAGAUCUGUUGAAUUGAAAAAAGUUUAUCGAAGUGCUGCUGUUGAAUAUGCUGAUGCUCAUGAUAGAUGGCAACGUAUGAAAUCUGUUGGAGCUGUUGAAUAUGUGACAUCGGUUAGAAAUUCGAGAAGAAUGUUCUUGCAAGUAUUCAGAAAUGAAAUGGCCAAAGUUGGACUUGCCGAAAAGUAAGUUUAUUUUAUUUGAAAUAUAGAAAAAAAAUUAAAUGUUCAAUUUUCAGAUAUCGAAAUGCUCCACACUUCGAUAAACCAACAUUGGCUAGUUCAAUGACCUGGGUUCAAAAUAAUUUGAAUGUUGAUGAAAACUCAACAAUGGAUGAGCAAUACGAACAAAUUAAAUCAUAUUAUGAAACAAAUUUCUGGAAUAAUUUGAAGGAAUCAGUUAUUGCUGACAGACAACGGUAAGUAUCUACAAAACACUAUUAAAAUUGAAAAAACAAACGGAAUAUAUUUUCAGAUAUGAACAACAAUUGAACUCAUUCAUGAAUCUUUACGCAAAAAAUAACCAAUCAUGA